AUGACAAACCUACAGCGUAAACUUAAGCUCGAGCGCAACCGCGAAUCUGCACGCGAAUGCAGACGCCGUAAGAGGGAGCAUAUUUUGGGUGUGGAAGAGCGAUGUCGCCAGUUAGAGCGCGAGAAUAUGGAGCUGCGUGGGCAACUAAAGGCUGGUAAAGAAGCUAUUCGGCAGGAGGAAAAAGAAAAAAAUCGGGUGUGUGAGGAGCUUGAAAAGAUGAUCAAGUGUGGCGCUUCAGAGAAGGAACUUGCCGAAAAAAUUGACAAUUUCAAAGAACAGUAUUCGGACUACGGUCACGGCCGCCGCUCGGCACUAAGCUAUCAUCUCCAUCAAAUCGAGCGUUUACUGUUGCCUACCCAGGUGACCAAAAUGUGCAUCUGGGCUUUGCGUCAAGACGAUAGUUUUUGGCAGGAAGAGGAAGACGAGACCAGCCUGCCAGUAAUAUUGGCAAAAGAGCUUGGGCUAAGCGAGGAUCAAAAAAAGAAGAUUCAGCAGCAACGGGGAUCUAUCUCACUAAUUUGUGAGAAUCUCAAGAGUGCUUUAGAAUUGCUGGCGGAACUUAAGACGGAAGUGACGAACAAAAACUCGACAUUAGACACGGAGAUGGAAAAGCUGCAAAAUAUUUUGACUCCCACCCAACGUGCAAAGUUUAUUGUCUGGGUGACCAACAACCAAGCGUGCAUGCAUUUGCUGAACAAACUGUGGCGAACGGUGCUUUGA